AUGUUGGGGUUUCUUCCGCCUUAUUUACAUGGGGUGCCGCAAGCCGAAAUGCUAUGUUGCGUUGCUGGUGUAUAUAUUGUUUGGCCUUUGCGGGCCUGGCGCUGUUCCGCCAUGUUGAGAGUUUAUGGCGGAGUUUGGUUUGCAGGGACUGCUGGUGCCGUCUCUCUUGAGGAUGUCCAUCUUAUCCCCGUUUGGUGGGUGCGUGGUGCUUUUAAAGGUUCUCUGGAGGAGAGCGUUUUGGUGUUUCCACCCUCGGAUAUGCCGUGGCUUAUCUUUUUUUUUUGGCAUCUCCACGUUAGAGUUUACGUGGAUUGGGUGAGCAGGUUGUGUGACACACAAUAG